AUGUGGAAAGGAAUACGAAAUAAAAGGUAUAUCCAACUUGAAGUCCUAGUGGGUGAAGAACCAUGGCAUCUCUUUAGAGAGAAGGUAGGCGAUUGUGCUGACGACCUUGAUCUGCUACCACUAGCAAAACAGAUUGUAAAUGAAUGUGCAGGUUUACCACUUGCCCUCAUAACUAUCGGAAGGGCUCUUACAAACGAACACGACCAACAUCAUUGGAAUAAUGCGCUUCAACAACUAAGAACCCCUUGUUCAGAAAGUUUGUCGUCAGAAGUGCCUGCAGAAGUGUAUCAAGCUCUAUAUUUUAGUUACAAUUUUCUGAAAGAUGAGAGGGCCAAGAAGUUGUUUCUGCACUGUUGCUUGUUUCCAGAAGACGAUAAUAUUUCUAUUGAAGAUUUGGUUAGAUACGGAAUAGGAUUGCGGUGGUUUGAAGGCAUCGACAAAGUGGAUGAAGUAAGAGAUCGAGUGAAGGUCUUAGUUGAUCAACUUAAAAGUUGUUAUUUAUUGUUGGAUGGUAAUGGCGAGGGUAGAAUAAAAAUGCACGAUGUAGUGCGCGAUGUCGCCAUAUCAAUUGCAGCUAAAGAUAAGCAUGGUUUUAUGACAAUCCAUGGUGCCAAAUCGAGAGAGUGGCCAAAGAAGGCGACCUAUGAGCUUAAUACUUCCAUUUUGGUGACAUCAGAUGAAAUUGUAGAGUUUCCAGGAGGAUUGAGAUGCUCAAAACUUGAGUUUUUACUAAUAGAAUGCUGGAAUAGUUCACUAAAAAUACCAAGCAAUUUUUUUGAGGGCAUGGGUGAACUCAAAGCUUUGGACCUGACAAUCACGAAAGACAUCUCGUUACUACCGUCGUCACUACAACUCUUGAGCAACCUGUUGACAUUGCAUCUUGAUCACUGUCAAAAGUUCGAUAAUAUAUGUGUAAUUGGAAAGCUAUUGAAUCUAGAAAUCCUCAGCUUUCGUGAAUCCAACAUUGAGGAGUUACCUGAGGAAAUAGGAGGACUGAUUAAUUUAAAGUUGUUAGAUCUAACAAGUUGUUAUAAUCUUAAAAUAAUAGCACCUGGCGUCAUAUCAGCCCUAGUCCAAUUACAAGAGUUGUACAUGGGUGGCUGCAAAAUCAUUUGGGAACAAGAAGGCAAGGAAGGAGGAGAAAAUGCGAGCUUGAGAGAGUUUGAAUCCUUGUCCAAUUUGAAUACUUUAGAGAUUACUAUAGAAGAUGUUGUGUGCUUUCCCAGAAUCCCAUUGUCUAGCAAAUUGACAAAAUACACAAUUUCGAUAGGUAAUGAUGCUAGCACCACUUUUGCUGUUCAUGACACGUGUACUAUCCCGUCAGAAUGCGGUGGGAUCAAUUCGUUGUUAAGGAGUAGUGCACUUCUACAGUCAAUGGAGAAGGGUUCGGAGGAUGCAGUGCAAGAGUUGUUUCGAAAGGGAGUUGAAGGACUCCAACACUUGAAGCAACUAGUAAUUCGUGAUUGUGCUACACUAGAAUGUCUUGUCAAUACAAUAGAAUGGGUCCCGCGUACACCUAAUGCUAUUCCUCCUAUUUUUCCUAUCCUGGAGAAAUUAAAGCUCAGUAAUCUAUCCAAUUUAAGAAAGAUAUGUCACUGCCAGCUUCCAACCAGCUCUUUUGGAAAACUAAAACGUCUAAAAAUAAAGAAUUGUGAUAGAAUGGAAGAAGUUAUUUUGAAGGAAAAAGGAGAAGAUGAUGCAACAAACAAGAUGGAGUUUCCAGCGUUAGAAUCCAUGACUUUGGAGAUUCUACCAAUGCUCAUUGGUUUUUGCAGAGGGACUGACGAGAUUGAGUUCCCUCAAUUGAAGAAAUUGUAUCUGCGGAAACUACCACAACUCAAGUGGCUCUUCCUCAAUAGCAGUAAUCCGUUUUCAGAGUCAAUGGAAAACCACAAUGCUACCCUCCUAUCUCUCUUCCCCCACAAGGUUGAAUUACCUAGCUUGGAGGAGCUAGAACUCAAGGAUCUUGACAAUCUGGAAGGGCUGGGACAUAUUCCAAUCUCAGUGGGUUCCUUUUCUAAACUUAGAAAAGUACAUGUAGAACACUGUGGCAAAUGGCUCUGUGUUUUUCCAUCGCAAUUUCUUACGGGGCUGCGAAAUCUUGAAGAUCUAACUGUAGAAAAUUGCAGUUUACUAGAGAAGGUGUUUGAAUUGGAAAUGGUGGAUUGUAAGGAACAAGAAUCAGAGAUGUUCUCGCUCUUGAAAUCUCUAAAAUUAAAACAUCUACCCCAACUAGAUUAUAUUUCAAAGAGAGAUCCCAUUGGAUUUACGUACAUUUCACAAUUAAGCAUUCUACAUGUUCAUGACUGUGAUAACUUGAAGUAUAUGUUCCCACAUUCCAUGAUGAAAUGUAUGUUACAACUCCAAGAAUUGGACAUAAGGAGAUGUAAAAUGAUGUCAAUGAUUGUUGCAGAUGAGAAAGGGCAGGGCGAAAGCUCAGUGGAUAAAAUUGAGUUCACUCAAUUGAAAAUUUUGCGGCUUUAUGAUCUACCGAACCUUGUGAGUUUCUUCCCCAAAGUGAUUGCUACUUCGGCUACAUCAACAGAACGGCUCCAAAAUGUCAUGCAAACUCUAUUCAAUGAGAAGGUUGUGUUCCCCACUUUGGAGGUGCUAGAACUUGAGCAUCUUGACAAUCUAGAAGGGAUGGGACACUAUCCACCUUCAUCGAUGUCCUUAUCCAAACUUAGAUAUGUAGAUAUACGACACUGCGGCAAAUUGCCCAAAGUUUUUCAAGCACAAUUGCUUAUGAGGUUGCAAAAUCUUGAAGAACUAUCUAUCGGGGAUUGUAGUUUGCUAGAGAAAGUGUUUGAGUUGGAAGUGGCUGGCUGUACGGGACAUGACUCAAAGAUAUUCUCGUUAUUGAAAUCUCUCAAAUUAAAAAGUCUACCCCAAUUGAACCAUGUUUCAGAGAGAGAUUCCAUUGGAUUUAUGUACAGUCCACAAUUAAGUAAUCUACAUAUUGAUGGUUGUGACAACUUGAGAUUUCUAUUCGCACAGUCCAUGACGCAGUGCAUCCUACAACUCCAAGAAUUGGAAAUAAGGAGAUGUAAAACGAUGUCAACAAUUGUUAGGGAGGAAGAUAACCAUGGUGAAAUUUUGGUGGAUACUGUUGGGUUCACUCAAUUAAAAAUUCUGCGACUUUAUGAUUUGCAAAACCUUGUGAGUAUCUUCCCUAAUGUGACUACUACUGUGGCGACAUCAUUUGAACACAUCCAGAACCCAGGACAAAGUCUCUUCAAUGAAAAGGUUGCAUUCCCUAGCUUAGAGGAAUUGGAACUCCAUGGAUUUCAGAACAUGAACGAAAUAUGGUGCAAUCAACUUCAGACCGGCUCAUUCAACAAACUAAUUAGACUGUAUGUCUCAGAUUGUGGUAGUUUGAGAAAUCUGUUCUCUCUUUUUGUGGCCAGAUGUCUUGUGCAUCUAGAAGAGCUAAUCAUAAAUAAAUGCUCGAUGAUGGAAGAAGUAAUUGCAAAGGAGGAAGAUGAAGAAGAAGAAGAAGGAAGGAUAAAUAGAAUUCCAUUGCCUAAAUUGGAGUAUUUGGUACUCAAAGAUCUACCAGAGCUCAAGAGUUUUUCCCAUGUUACUCAUGAUUGGGAAUUGCCAUUGGUAGAACACAUCACUGUCCUCAAUUGCCCUGAAAUGAAGACCUUCUCUCUUGGAGUCAUAUGCACCCCAAAGUUGCAACGUGUAUUUGUGAAGAGGGAAAGGGACGAGUGGUACCCAGGCAGAGAAGGAGAAGACUGGCUAUGGAUAAGCGACCUCAAUCAAACCAUACUGCACCUAAUUGAAAAGGUAUGUUGUUUAUAUGAUUACUUUUGUUUUUCUCUCUCUUUUUCUUCCAUUAAGUGCAUAUGCCACAUUUUAACGUCCAAGUAUCCAAAAAGGAAAACAAGCUGUGUUCUAAAGUAUGAAAAUUUCUUUUAA